CACAGGAUACAGCUGAGAUUGAGUGCAGUAAUCGAAGGUCUAGUUCUUUACUACUAAACUUCUAUUUGGACACAUAGAUUAGUUUUCCAGCUGCUCAUAUAACCUCAGUGGGAGAACACAGAGGAAUGUUAACAGGAAGUAGAGCAAACAGCAGGAAUUUGAGGGUUCAGAAGGGAAGAGAAGAAGUAGUCUCAAAGCCACAACAAAGAGGGAAAAAUGGGCAGUGAGUACAAAUCACUGUCGCCAGCUGGCUCAUGCAGAAGUUUGUCCGUCGAGACGUCAGAGUGCUUUAUAUGCAGGGAUGUUGAACUUAAAGCCAGUGACCCACUCAGGAAUUUCUGUGACUGCAAGAAUUUACUUGCCCAUCACGUGUGCCUGUCCACAUGGAUCCAGAGGGGAUGUGGGAGUGAAGACAAGCUGCAGUGCAUUGUCUGCAAAGCCAAGUACCAGCUCCAGAGGACUUCUCCGUGGUGGUUGAUGAGCCUCCAGUGGCAGAUGUGGCUCGUGCUCAUCACUGCUUUAGCUUUGCUGUCUCUGGUGCCGUAUGUUGUUUACCGCAUGAUGACCGCUUUCACCAACCCUCCUCCUCCCGUCACCUUUAAAGUGGCAGCAGCCUCUUUUGGACUGCUGACAGAGAUCCUGCUGAUCAAGUGUCUGUCCAGCUACCUCAGCAGUCGCUACCAGCACGCCGAGCAGAUCUCCUUCACAGUCCGACCAAGAUGGUUUGAGGAGGACCGAUCGAGGCCGGGCAGCUGGGAUCGCUCAGAAGCCGCUUCAGCAGCAGCAGGUCACGCUACAUCUGCGGCCUCAUACAGUCGAGUGGAGGAAAGAAAAGUGGAUGUGUUGAAGAGUGGAUGUCUGAGCUUUUACUGAACCACUAACAGAAGGAGACUACAGAACACAGGGUGAGAGUAAAUCCUCUGGGUAUUAUAGGUUUCUAACAGCCGUUCAAGAUAUCACAUCAGUUUAUCAGCGUGGUAUUUAUGAGAUCUUGCACUUUAAAGCCCAUUUUUGAGGUGUCAAAUAUUCAUAUUUUCCUCUAUAUCAAAGACUCUCACUUAAUUCAGCAAAUAUAUUCUCACAUAUUGCAAAUUGAUCGUCAGGCAGCUAAUGCACGCAGCUUUCAUGAGUGUGUUCAGGCUCAGAGAGGGAAAGAAAGCCUGAAAUCACUCUCUUUCCUUAAUGAUGUCCACACAGAGACAAUGGGGCGCCGCUCUGAUUAGUGUCACCUGUCCUUGUGCAUCUCAUCAGCUCCAUUAUGGCUCCGGCUCCCAUGCUUCUCCUGCUAAUUGAAUAGCCUGUGAAGUGGUGACGAGCACGGGGGCGAGAGCAGCGUCUGUCCCGCUGCUGCUGCACAAAUGAGAGUAAAGCUUCCCAGUGAGACGCUGCUGUAGUUCUUACAGCAUAAACCAUUAUCAUACAGAUAGAAAAGGUGCUAACAAGUAGCGCUCAUCUUAUAUUACCAUCACAUCAUCAACGAAUUAUGUUCAUAUAUAACAGCUUGAAUCAGCUUCCACUCCUUUCAGGGGGAUGUAAUGCCACAGGAAACAUUUCUUCAGUAUCAGCGCGUUCUAUUUGAACACAGCCAUUAAACACUCGCUUAUAGUUUGCAAUUAUACAUGAACGUAUCUGCACAUGGCAAAGCAAACAUUUGACAUUUCUGGAGAUACACUCCUUUGUUUUUCUAUCAGAAGUUGGACAAUAAAAUGAUUUGUACUCACCAAUACAUCUGUUGAGUGUACCGUUAACCUAGCUUAGCAUAAAGACUCGGUUUAAUGGCAACCAAGUCUGCCUUGAUGAACCUCAAUAGAUGACAAAAUAACACAAUAUAUCAUGUCUGUUCAGUCUCUACCGAAACCUUCAUUUUUAUGGUGUUUUUUUUCACUCGUCUCUCGUGUCAACUUUGCAAUCCUAAAUAAACAGAUCUUCUGCUUUCAGCUAACAGCUAGUUGAGAAACACUCACAUCUAAUUUAAUGUGACUGUAAAGCAACACAUGACGGACUUUAUGAAACCGUUCAGUAAUGUUAAGGAAAAAGAAAUGGGUUGUAUUCUAGGAAAUUCUUUCAUCUUGUUGAUGACUUGUCAGUAUUCAUUAUGUGUCCAGUUUUAAAUAAAUGGGUAGUCGGCUCUAAUCGACCUUAUUGGAAGAAAAGUCUGAAUUGUUGCUCUGUCAUCACCAAAGAAAACGUUAUGUGGCUUUUUUUAGGAAGUUCUCUUGAAAUGCAUUCAUUGCUAUCUGUAAAUAAAUGCUCCUUUAUAAAAGUUACCUGCUCUAAACAGUUAUGUGUCCUAUAUUAUAUUGAAUAACUGAAAAUUGUGUCACUUUUAUAAAACGACUGAACUUCUUCACUGUUCAAUAAUGUUUAUAUGUGGAAACAAAUAAAAAAGCGAG